AGUUUGGAAGACUCCGAAGGAGCUAAAGAGAGAGGCGAUGUACAUGUAUGGCAGGUGGGGUCAGCUCAGGCCACACCAGAGAGGCUUCAUGGCUUGGGGGCAAAAACUGUACUACAAGCCAGCCUUGGGAUUCAUCAUGGCUUGCUGCUCACUAGCGAUGGGGAAGUUUUUAGCUAUGGAAAGCAGCCAUGGAAGGAGAAUUCACCAGAAGUGCCCUACAGCACUCCAUUGUUAGAGAAGACAUUGUGUGGUCAGCACGUAAUAUGUGUUGCUGCUGGAAGUUAUCACUGUGGAGCUGUAACAGACAAUGGAAUGGUGUUUAUGUGGGGCGAAAACACCGCUGGACAAUGUGCAAUUGCCAUCUGCCCAUCAAUAUCAGAGCCUAUGCCAGUCACUAUAACUGAUCAGGAAUGUACCCCUCCUCUGUGGGUACGGGUUGUACAGCUGUCCUGUGGGGAAGAACAUACUCUUGCCUUGUCUGUCAGUAGGGAGAUCUGGGCCUGGGGUAGUGGCUGCCAGCUUGGAUUAAUAACCUCAACCUUCCCUGUGACCAGACCUCAAAAAGUGGAACAUCUUUCAGGCCGGAGAGUUCUUCAGGUAGUGUGCGGGGCAUUUCACAGCUUGGCUCUGGUGCAAUGCCCUCUUGCCCAAGAUGUAAAGAAUGUGCCAGAGAGAUGCAACCAUUGCAGAGAACUGUUAAUCACAAUGACGGAGAAAGAAGACCAUGUCAUUAUUUCUGAUGCCCACUGCUGUCCAUUAGGAGUAAUGUUGGCAGAAUCCCACCCUGACAAAAGAACUAGUCUGUCUUCCUUGAGCUCUGCACCUAAAGGAACAGAACCUAGUUUAUGCUCUUUGGAGAUGCAGGAUGGCAGUAAACGUAGUCCAAAACUCUCAGAGUCUGAAACCGAGAUUGGCACUGAUGUAGCCAGUAUUUGUGAAAGUGAUGUUGAUGUGACUUUCGACAAGCAACUAUGUGAAAGCACUUUACUGUCUAACACUGAACCAGCUAAUGUGGAAUCCUCUCCAAACAAUACCACUUCAGAGUAUGCACGGGCCCAGGAUGGUAUGCUGCAAGAAUUAAGUGACUGUUUUUCUCACUCCUGCUACUACUACAACAUCAGCCCUCAACAGCCUCGUAGUGUCCUGUGCCUCUGCUGUGGGCUUUCGAGUGGUGGCCACAUGUGAAGCUGGGGCUCUGUCACUCAAGAAGGUGAUGAACUUUUAUUCUGGAACUCUAGGGGAUGCUGAGGCUCAGUCUGCUAUUAUCUCUGCUACACAGGAAGCGUUGAAGGACAGCAGAGAAGAACAAGUAAAACUGGAGUCCAUGCAAGGCAAGAAAAGCUCCAGUUUGGUGGAUAUACGAGAGGAGGAAGCAGAAGCCGGAAACAGAAGACUUUCUCUUCCAGGGCUGCUGUCUCAAGUAUCCCCUAGGCUUCUUAGAAAGGCUGGGAGAGCACGGAUGAGAACAGUUGCACUGACCCCUACUAAUAGUGGAGAGGCGGAUGUAUUACUGCCCUGUCUAAGGACUGAAGUUUGGAGUUGGGGAAGAGGCAAAGAGGGUCAACUGGGACAUGGGGAUGUCCUGCCAAGGCUACAACCAUUAUGUGUUCGCAGUAUGGAUGGCAAGGAGGUGGUGCAGCUUGCAGCUGGAAGUCACCAUUCUAUUGCCCUUACAGCAAGAUCUCAGGUUUAUUCUUGGGGAAGCAAUGUUUCAGGGCAGCUGGGUCACAUGCAAUCACCAACAACUAUGCCACGGCCUGCAAAGGUGUGUGAAGAUGGCUGUGUGUGGACUAUAGCUGCUGGGCAGGAUCAUUCUCUUUUUCUGGCUCAUGGAAAAAAUGAGUUCCAGCCUGUUGUAUAUUGCAGUGGACACCAAACAGCAGUGGAACUAAGUGAACCAGAAACAAGCCAGACUCCAGUUCCACUAUCCAAUUGUAGCAAGCUGGGAUACAUCUGUAAUGUAUAUACUGGUGCAAAUAGCUGCUUGGCUCUCGUAGACCAAAAUAUGAUGGGCUAUAUUGGAAACCUCCAUGAGCUUGCUGCGACCGAGAGGAGUUUUUAUUGUUGUCUAAGCGAUGUCAAGUCACAAAUUCUUAGACCCCUUUUAGGACUAGACAACCUGGGUACGGUAACGGCUGUUCAGCUGCUGCAGGACAUGGCAACCAAGUUCAGCAAACUCUGCUACCUAAUUGGCCAGCAUGGAACCUCCUUGAGCCACUUCUUACGAGGAGCAAAGGAUGCAAGUAACCUUUCAGUCUUGGAGCACGCAAAUAUCUUCUUGGAUAGUUACACGGAGUAUAGCACUUCUCUUUGUAACUUCUUGGUCAUGGGAGGAUUUUCACUUCUGUCUAAACCAGCCAUGGAUUUCUUCACUAAGAACCAAGAGCUUUUGCAGAGUCUCAGCUAUGUAAAGGAUGAGGGCACUACAAUUCCUGAGACACUACAUAGCCUUUUCUUCUCACCAAUAUUUCGACUAAAUGAGUAUGCCAGAUUACUGCUCAAACUGGCCAUGUGCUUUGAAGUGUCAUCCACAGAAUACAAGAAGCUGCAGGACUCCAGCACUAACUAUGACGCUUUAGCAGUUGCCCUGAACCGAAAGAAGAAGGAAGCUGAGUAUACUUUGGGGUUCUGGAAGACGUUUCCAGGAAAGAUGACGGAUUCUCUUAGGAAGCCUGAACGGCGCCUGAUCUGCGAGAGCAGUAAUCGUGGGUUAUGUUUGCAAAAUGCAGGAAGGUUCUCGGUUAAUUGGUUCAUACUUUUCAAUGAUGCCCUUGUUCAUGCACAGUUCUCUACACAUCACAUUUUCCCCCUUUGUACACUUUGGGUUGAACCAGUGUCUGAAGAAGUGGCUGGCAUCAAUGGAUUAAAGAUCACAACACCAGAGGAACAGCUAACUUUGGUUGCACUGUCACCUCAGGAAAAGACUAAGUGGCUUCGAGCAAUUAGCCAGGCAGUGGAUCAGGCCCUUAGAGGAGUAUAUGAGUCUUCACCUCCUUCCAGCGGGAGCAUCGUGAGACAAGAGCCCCCUCUAUCUCGUAGUGCCAAGUACACCUUUUACAAGGAUCCAAGAUUAAAAGAUGCCACCUAUGACGGGCGUUGGCUAACUGGAAAACCUCAUGGCAGAGGGGUAUUGAAGUGGCCAGACGGAAGGGUAUACGAUGGUGAAUUUCGGAAUGGUUUGGAGGAUGGAUUUGGAAAAUACAUAAUUCCCAAGAAAUCUUUAAAAAAAGAAGACUGCUAUCUUGGCCACUGGAAAGAUGGAAAAAUGUGUGGUCAAGGAACAUUCUGUUAUGCUAAUGGAGAAGUUUAUGAAGGCUGCUUUCAGGAUAACAACCGCCAUGGUCAUGGGCUUCUUCGGAGUGGCAAACUGACCUCCUCUUCACCCAGCAUGUUCAUUGGUCAGUGGGUGAUGGACAAGAAGACAGGUUAUGGAGUCUUUGAUGACAUCACAAGAGGAGAAAAAUACAUGGGAAUGUGGCAAGAUGACCUCCGCCAAGGCAAUGGACUUGUGGUGACUCAGUUUGGAUUGUACCAUGAAGGAGCAUUUAGUGUAAACAAAAUGAUGGGAUGUGGUGUUCUGCUAUCUGAAGAUGACACUGUAUAUGAAGGAGAAUUCUCAGAUGACUGGACAUUGAAUGGAAAGGGAGUGCUUCGAAUGUCCAAUGGAGACUGUAUCGAGGGCGUUUUUAGUGGAGAGUGGGGAUCUGGAAUCAAAGUCAAUGGCACAUAUAUAAAGCCAAGCAUAUAUGAAGGGGAAAAGGAAGAAACCAAGACCCUAAAGCUGGGCAGGCUUUCAGUCCCAGCUGACGAGAAAUGGAAGGCUGUCUUUGAGGAGUGCUGGCGGCAGCUCGGUUGUGAGAUUCCUGGAAAAGGAGAUCCCCAGAAGGCCUGGGACAACAUUGCUGUGGCUAUUACUACUAAGAGGCGACAACAAAAGGGAAGCCCAGAACCACUGACCCGAUCCCACACACAGACACUUGAGAGUUUGGAGCGAAUUCCUCAGCACGAUGGUCCCUUUACUAUGGAGAAAUAUGAGAAAAUCAAGGGAUAUUUAAUAAAUGCUUGUGAAACAUCAAUGCAUCAACUGGGAAGGCUUGUGGAGACCCUUGUAGCUGUAUACAGAAUGACUUAUCUGAGUGUAGGAGCCAACAGAAGACUCCUAAAAGAAGCAGUGAGAGAAAUCAAAUCCUAUCUGGAGCGUAUUUUUCCACUGGUGAGGUUUCUGUUUCCUGAUCUUCCUGAAGAAGGCAGCACAAUUCAGGCAUCAACUAUUGUCAAAGAAAAUCCAGACAAGCCUCAUGUAUGUAAUGGGAGAGCAGGGUCCGGGUCUGAAUCUCCCGAACCAGGGUAUGUGGUGACUAGUUCAGGACUGCUGCUGCCUGUGCUACUGCCUAGACUUUAUCCUCCAUUAUUUAUGCUGUAUGCUUUGGAACAUGAAAAGGAAGAAGACACCUACUGGGAGUGUGUCCUGAGACUGAACAAGCAGCCAGACAUGGCGCUCCUUGCCUUCUUAGGUGUACAAGAGAAAUUUUGGCCAACCAGCAUUAAUUUUUUGGGUGAAAACAAAAAGGUGUUACCAAGCACUAAAGAUUCUUGUUUUUCCUCUGCAGUGGAGUGUCUACAACAGAUAAGCACUACAUUCACACCAUCAGAUAAACUCAAGGUCAUUCAACAAACCUUUGAGGAAAUUACACAGGAAGUUCAAGAGGCACUUAAGGAAGGCUUCCUGUGGUCCAUGGAUGAGCUGUUCCCUGUAUUCCUAUACGUAGUUCUGAGAGCCAGAAUACGAAAUCUGGGAUCUGAAGUCCAUCUAAUAGAAGAUCUCAUGGAUCCAUAUCUGCAACAUGGAGAACAAGGAAUAAUGUUUACCACAUUAAAGGCCUGCUAUUACCAAAUUCAGCAUGAGAAACUCCACUAG